AUGUGUCGGGCUUUGAGGAGUGGCUCCCAGGGUACCUACCAAAGGUGUGCUGUUUCCCCACCAGGCUUUGAGGAGUGGCUCCCAGGGUACCUACCAAAGGUGUACUCUGACCACUUCACCAAAGAACCUCAAGGCUCAUUGCAUCAGCACCCUACAGCAUCAGGUGGUGGUGGUGGAGGUGGUGAUCUGGAGGUGAUCUCGCAGCAGGUGGAUGAGGAGGCCCAGUGCAUGGCCCCCGUGCAGCUGGUCAGCUUUGCCUACAGGGACCUGCCCCUGGCCGCGCUGGACAUCUCAUUGGCCGGCUCCCAGCUGCUCUCCAACAUGGACGAGGAGGACAACCGAGAGGGGUCCAACUGGCUGAAGCCCUGCUGUGGUCGGCGAGCUGCGCUGUGGCAGGUGUGUCUCCUGAGCGCCGGCUUCAACUGUUUCCUGGUGGCCUGUGUGGUGCUGGUGGUGGUGCUACUCACCCUGGAACUGCUCAUAGACAGCAAGCUACUGCAGUUCAACAAUGCCUUCCAGUUCGCGGGCAUCAUCCACUGGAUCAGCCUGGCCAUCCUCUCCAUCUUCUUCACUGAGACUGUGUUCAGGAUCGUGGUGCUUGGUAUCUGGGACUACAUCGAGAACAAAGUUGAGGUGUUUGAUGGUGCGGUGAUCGUGCUGUCUCUGGCCCCCAUGGUGGCCUCCACGGUGGCGAACGGACCCAGCAGCCCCUGGGACGCCAUCAGCCUCAUCAUCACGCUGCGCAUCUGGAGAGUCAAGAGGAUCAUCGACGCGUACGUGCUGCAGGUGAAGGUGGAGAUGGAGCUGGAGCUGCAGCAAUACGAGAAGGCCAAAGCUGUACGGGAGGAGCAACUGGAGAGACUCACACAGAUAUGCCAGGAGCAAGCGUUUGAGAUCCGGCAGCUGCGUGCCCACCUGGCUCAGCAGGAUCUGGACCUGGCUGCGGAGCGCGAGGCGGCCCUGCAGAUGCACCACGUCUGGGCCAAGCAGAGCGCCAGCUUCCAGGAGCUCACCGGCACCCCCUCAGGCCCGGAGGCCAACGGGCACCCCAAGACCCGAGAGGACGGCACGCCCACAGAUCAUGUUGCUCAAGACGACAUGAACAACUACAUCAGCCAAUACUACAGCGAGCCGAGCAGCGACAUCCCCGACCCCCGGGCGCGCGUCAUCACCACGGCCGCCAUCGACGUGCACCUGCCCACCAACCCAAGCCAGCUGCCCCCGUCGCUGAUGAGCGCCGACGCCGCCUCAGCCUCGGCCUCGGCCUCCCAUCUCGAGCACUCCGUCAGCGAGGCCGCAUCCGUCUCCGCGUCCGCAUCGGCGUCCGAGUCCGCCCCCACCCUCUCCCGCUCCAGCUGCAGCUUCAGCGGCCGCCACCACCACCACCACCGGGACCACCGGGACAGUAGGGGGCGCCAGACGCCCAGCCCCAGCCCCAGCAGCCACACGCUGGGCUCCAGCACAGACUGCAGCAGCACGGUGCGCGAGGCCUCCACCUCCGCCUCCACCGACUACAGCGGCCAGCGCUACUGCCCCCCGCCCUACUGCAGCCCCCUGGCGCAGCUACCCAGCAUGCCCGGCGGUCGCGACCCCAGCGCGGUGGUGAAGGAGCUGUUGUCGUCCCUGUCGGAGGACUCGUGUCUGGGCCAGAAGGGCAUGGCAGUGGACCCCGUCAACCUGAAGCUGCCCAGCCCUGCCGGCUCCCUCAAGGCCAGCCCAGAGCUGGAGCACCGGCUCAACGUCUACAACAAGAGGAACCAGGAGGGCCGCGUAGGGGGCGUAGGAGGGGGCGUAGGAGGAGGAGGAGGGGGUAAUAUGGGAGGGGGGGGCAACGUGGGGGGGUUCCAGACCACCAGGCCGCUUAUUCACCUGCAGGGCCGAGGGGACCCACUGGAGGAGAAGUACCGACUCAUGGAGGCCCCCGACGCGCCGUCUAACCUGGGGCCCCCUGUCUGA